AAGCAAAGGUCAGAACAGACUGGAGAGGAAUCAAGUAGGCAGACACAAUGAUUAGUGAAUCUGUAAAGGGGGCUGGGAUUUGUGGUACCUUGGAUUCUCCGUAUUUUUUGUUGCCCAAGCCAGCUAAUGUGUUACUUCUUGGAAGCAUAUUCUGAGACAUCUGACUGUCACCAAGCAAUACAUAGGAGACCUUGCAAGUUCUAGCUUCAGUGCCAGUGAUUUCAGGAAAAUUCCCAUCUUUUCAGUAGCCGGGCUUUGGUAGUCCUUUUCUUAGGCUACUUAGAGCAAACCAGUGAUUAAGUAUUGCAGAGCAAGAGAGAAAUUUGGAAAUGUUCACUGGAAGCUCCUGAAAAGAAAACCUCAGACAAACAAAACAAACAAACAACAACAAAACACAAAACAAAUAAAACUUUCUCCAAAAAGCUUAUGUAAGCACACUAAGAGUUUUAUACUCCCACCUUGAUGGAAAGGUAGUGAAUUUUUAUAAGCAUAGCAGCCAAAGCUGUGGGGUUUUCUGUCUUGCACUCCUUUUUUUUUUGUUGUUGAAAUCCUUGUAGAAGGGAUUAUUUAGUGAAUUGAAGUGGAGGAACAGGCAUUUUCCUGUUUUGUCUGUCUUGCUUCUCCAAAAUGAAAUAAUACUUGAAAUUUCCCCUCCGUGUUGCAGAACUUUGCAAAACAGGUUUAAGAUGGGCAGGAAGAGUGCAGGUAAAACCAGUCUUCAUUUCUGAGGUCAUCCUUGAACUAUGCUCAGAACUUGUCCAAUUUUUACUACUUGUUUUACCUUCAAGAUUGGUGAAAAAAAGAAUGGGAGAAAUGUGAGAAUAAUUGUAUUGUGGCAAGGGAUUAGAAAACAGCUGUGUUGCAAUCAGUCAUGAACAAUGUAGAGAACGCUUAUUUGGCCUGCUCACAGCACAUGUUUCUACGGACUAUCAAGCUAGCAUAACUCAGGGAUGCCAUGGCUUUUAACAAGUUCAAUGUUUUCCACUGGCAUAUAGUAGAUGACCAGUCAUUCCCUUACCAGAGCAUUUAUUUCCCUGAAUUAAGUGAUAAGGGAGCAUACUCCUGUAAUCUCAUCUAUACUCCUGCUGAUGUCCGUCUGGUGAUUGAGUAUGCCCGAUUAAGAGGCAUUAGAGUUAUCCCAGAGUUUGAUACCCCAGGACACACGCAGUCUUGGGGAAAAGGUCAAAAAGAUCUUCUCACUCCUUGUUACGAUGGAGGACAGCCAACUGGGUCCUUUGGACCUGUAAAUCCUAUUUUGAAUACAACUUAUGACUUCAUGACUAAAUUCUUCAAAGAGAUCAGCAGUGUGUUUCCAGAUGCAUACAUUCAUUUGGGAGGAGAUGAAGUGGACUUCAGUUGCUGGAAAUCUAACCCUGAAGUGAAAGAGUUCAUGAAGAAGCAAGGUUUUGGCAGUGACUAUGCUAAACUGGAAUCUUACUAUAUUCAGAACAUUUUGGACAUUGUUUCCUCCUAUAACAAAGGACAAAUCAUCUGGCAAGAAGUGUUUGAUCACAAAGCACAGCUGAAACCAGACACUGUAGUUCAAGUGUGGAUGGCAAACAGCUAUGCUCAUGAACUGAGCAGCGUCACUGGAGCUGGGUUCCCCGCUGUCCUGGCUGCACCCUGGUAUUUGGACUACAUCAGUUAUGGGCAAGACUGGAAGAAAUACUACCGUGUUGAACCACUUGACUUCCCUGGAUCUGAAGAACAGAAGAAACUUUUAAUAGGUGGAGAAGCCUGCCUGUGGGGGGAAUUUGUGGACGCAACUAACCUGACACCAAGAUUAUGGCCUCGAGCAAGUGCUGUAGGAGAAAGACUCUGGAGCAGCAGGAAUGUGACCGACUUGCAAGAUGCCUAUAGAAGGCUGAGGAAUCAUCGCUGCCGCAUGCUCCGCCGUGGCAUAGCAGCCGAACCGGUGUUUGUUGGAUACUGCGCCCAUGAAGGGAGACGGCCGUAACUGCUGCAAAGACUUCUCCUCAACAACCUGAAGUGCCUCUGGGGUAUGAAUAUGUAUUUGAAUCAAGAUUUAAAAUUUUCACUUUUAAAAUAAAAUUGUUUGAUAACCUUGUUGGAGUAAAAAUGGUUGUUUUUAGGGUUUUAGAAACUGGGAUUCUUCACUGUGAAAUCCUGAAACUUGAUACCAUAGUUAUUAAUUUUAAUUUCUUUACAUUCUAAAGUUGAGAAAAUAAAGCUAAGACACCAUUUAAAUAAA